AUGUACAACCUCCGACAGCAUAUCCGUAAAUUUCUGGAAAACCAGAAGCUUGGGAAUAUCCAUGACCACCACAAGCCAAUCUGCACUGCUCAAUUCCUUGAGCAGUAUCCCAAGAGACCACAGACUUCAGUCCAGACGACAAAACGUGAAGCUCAGCAAGAAGUUCAGUAUUUCCAUGAUUCGACGCACAUCGACGCCCCGCUUCGUCGUUUACCGUAUGCUUGUCUGUCGGGGUGUGAUGCGUCGAACCAACUACUCCACAAACUUCUCAACAUGGCCCCAAAGCAACGUAUGGCUCUUGCUAACAAGCAAUUCUCUAAGAAUGUGAACAACCGUGGAAACGUCGCCAAGAGUUUGAAGCCAGCCGAGGACAAGUACCCAGCCGCCCCAUGGCUCAUCGGACUCUUCGUCUUUGUUGUCUGCGGAUCUGCUGUCUUCGAGAUCAUCCGUUACGUCAAGAUGGGAUGGUAA